CGAGGUCGCUGUCGACAGUCGCCUUUCUAUUUACACGACGGACGGACGCCUCGCUCGCCGAGCUGAUUCGCCUCGGACCUGGUGAAAAAAGCCCAACCCCAGCCUCGGACCGUAUUCGGAUCUAAGUCGGAGAACCGGCCUUUUUCCGAGUCUCGCCGCCUCCGGGGGUCCUUUUCGCGUUCAGCCCUCCAAUCCGUUAACAAACCGUUCCGCCAUAUUUGACCGUUUGCUUGUUUACGACGAGGCCGAGAUCGUCCCAGGUAGCCGUUUUAUCGUGUAACGUUGCUCUUUUCGUGGCGGCUCCACGCGGCCUCGGCCCCGACCCCGACGGAAUCCGUUUUAAGCCCAGGAAUGGAGCGGACGGGCCCGUCCCGACAGGGCACUUUCCAGGCCUGAGGCCCCCCCGUCCUGGCCGAAAGCAUGCCCUCUUAGCCAGCCUCCGCACACCUUUGCACAUCUACAUCUGCAAAUGUCAACUUUUCCUCUCCAAAUAAUUAUAAGAAAUUCAGAGAUGGUCGAAAUGACGAUUUCCUGGAGGCGACUUCUAUUUUCACGACGUUCCCAGAUUCGCAUCAAGAGGCCCUAGGAAGCGAAAAGGAGUUGGUGUGAUGUUCACUAGAACUGCAUGGAGUAUUACAUCAUGCCUCAAGUAGACAAAAGUGCGUCUACGUACUCCCCACCUGUUCAGUAUGUGUCUGCUAUCGGACCGGCCGCUUCUGCGCUCGUUCGCUCAGACAUUAACAAGUUUGGUGUGUCAAGUGACAUCCUCACAAGUUGUGACUGGAGCGCUGUCAUCCACCGGCCUGCCGAAGAUUCAGAACCCGAAGACCUACCGUCUACGGUGGACAUGGAUGCUAUUAAGGAGCCAGCAACACCUUUACCUCCUUUGACUCCAUGUCCACCGGCCCAGGAGGAAGAAUCUGAUUCUGAAGAAGAGAGCUCAGGCUCCGAAAGCGAUGGUGAAAGCUCUUCUAACUCAAAUUCUGAAUCUCAGGAUGACUCAGCUUCAACAAGGAGUGAUAGUGACAGUGAUAGUUCUGAAAGUUCUAACAAACCACAGGGUGAGAGUUCAGGAAGUACCUCUGACUCUCAAAGCCCUCAAACAUCUUUCAGCAUAAGAGAAACAAAUUUUGAGCAGGGAGGUUUAAAAUUGAAAUUAUCAGCAACUAAACCGAAAUUAAGGCCAGACCAGGCUACAUCAUCAUCAGACUCUUUCUCAUCUUCGUCUGAGGAAGACGUUAAGAAAGACGAGGACAAGAAACGGCCAGUGAGGUUGCAGCAGUUCCGACGGAGCUUGCGUCCCAGCUCCAGGCCGCCCGUGCUGGAGCCCGAGGAACAUCUGUCCCCUCCGAAGCUCUUGCCUCAGCAGCCGAUAAAAGAAAAAUCGCCCCCGGAACUGUCGAAAAUGCCGGUUAGAAGGACGAGACAAUCACCGAUCAAGAGAGUUCCACCGAAACGUCAACCUGUCAAACGACCGCUUCGCCCUGUCAGAAAGUCUCCCAGGACAAAACCAAAGCCUGGGGAGGCAAAACCGCCAGUUGCAAGUAGUUCAGAGUCCAGUUCUUCAGAUGAGGAAAACGAUGAGGAGGACGGCGAUGAGGCAGAAAGUGGUGAUGAAAUCACUCAGCUCGCCCACCAACUUGAUGGAGGAGCAUCAGGACAUGAUAUUUCAAUAUCGGAACAUUUACAGGUGAUAAAUCAGGAGGAUCUUGCUGCUAUUUUACCUGAUGUCGGCGGCGGCGGCGGUUCAUUUGAUGGUUUCGAGGAUGUUGCCGGUGAAGCGCCAAGACCCUCGACAGGCUCUGCCGCCGUCCAACCGCCCGCCAGCAUCGCUUCAUCUUCCUCAGAAUCUGACACAGAAUAUCAAGAGCAGCUGGUAAGCGAGGCCAUCUCAAGAAUCCAGGUUGACUCCGACACAGGGAAAGGAGCAGAGGGAUCACAACCACAGCAGGGGAGUCCCACGACUACCCAAGACGAGGAGUCUGAUAGGGAAGAGGUUGGUGGAGGUUACUCCUCUAACCUCCUCGCUGAUUUUGUCGAAAAGACUGAGCUUUUGUCAAGGGGAGGUACUAGCGGUACAGGAGAGGCCAUGAAAGGCGACGAAGACUCACAGGAGAAGCCAAGGGGCCAGGGGAACAUACAGCCUCCUCGACGACGCCGAGGCCGGCCACCGAAGCAGAACCAGUCUAAAGUUCCACAACCGUGCAGCAGCGGGAUGCCCGAACUCGAGGCGUACAUGCGACUUGACUGUUCACAGAGCAACGUCUCGCCAGACUCGGGCAUACAAAGCGUCGCUGGCUCCCCUGCGGGCGGUCACCAAAGUCCACCUGGUUCGCCGAGGCUGCUUCACAACAAAGCACCACCUGUCUUGAAACCACAAUCGCCACAGCCACAGAGCGCUUCUAAAGCUCACUGUUCAGAUCGUUUAUAUUCACAAAGACAAAAGAACGAUAUCAACUUGCCUUCUGCUAAUGAUAAAAUAACCAAACUGCACUCAUCAGAACGAGAACUGAGACUUGAAAACGGUGGGAAACGUGGACCCGGAAGGCCGAAAGGUUCAAUGUUCGGCUUGAAGAGAUUCGGACAGAAAAAGCGCGGAAGCAGGUUCAGGCGGCGUUCCGAGAUUGUAAAGAAACCGGUCGUCCUCCCGCCCUCGGCCACCGAGCUCAAAGUUCCACCGUAUUUCGCCGGAAGCCUUUUACCACCAGAAGGUGUCAUACCUACAUUGUCAGGAGACAAUUCAAAAAAACGUAGAGGCCGACCAAAAAAGAACCCUCCAGUACUCGAGCCGAUUCUCCCUCUUGAUGUCAAGAGUCGAGACGGCUCUAGGAAAAGAAACUCCAACUCGGUUACCCUUUCUAGAAGUACUUCAAGAAGGAAGAAUUGCUCGCGAGACAACAAAUGCACCAAACUCGCCCUGCCGAAAGGUUUAAUGCGAAACAAAGAGCACAAGCAUAAAAAAAGGAAAAAGCAGCCGAAAGAGUUCAAAAUUCUCGAUCCAAAGUUUUUGUCAGAAAUGGAGAAACUUGCUGUUUUGUUUCAAAAAUCCUGUUUUGUGGGGCCGGUCAUCACCAAAAGACACCCCGACCGCCUCCCGCCAGUUUUUAAAAUGAAAAAAGUACUGAAAAAACGAAAAGACAGAUCACGGUACCAUUCGCCGAAAGAAUCGUCCGAAAAAAUAGUCAGUGAAAUAUCCAGUAGAAAAUCUAAUGAAAAACUGAAAAACAUGACUAAAGAGAGACCGAAGGAAAAACACCGAAGGAGAAGAUCACUGAAGAGAGACAGAGGACUUAAAGAAAACCGGGAAAAACAAAUAGACAAAACAUCUCGUAAAGUUCAACACCUUGAAUUUUCUAGUCCUGAACCAGAAAGUAUUCCUGAGCUGUCAGAGCAUGAGUUGUUAAGCGAUGAAAAAUAUCUUCUUCCGCCCGUCUUAACAAAACAAAAAAAUAUUGCAGAAAAUUCUCAGAAGGAGGCGAAGGAAAGGCAGAAAGUUGAAACAUCAAACAAAUCAGAAAUUAUCAAAGAAAAAGAAACAUCCAGUGAAAAUCAAAUCGACCCAAAAGAAAAAGCCCAGGCGCCAGUUUUAUCCAAAGAAAAGACAGAUACCAAAACUGUACCUGUUCUUGUGAAAGAUAAAAAUCCCCCUCUACUCGUCAAUUGCAAUGCACCAGACCAAAAAGAAAAAUGUCAGCCAAAGGAUAAAACGCCGCAGAUCCAGUUAAAAGAAAAAGUUCCGGUUUUGAACAAUCAAAAAGAAAAAUAUUCUCAAAUUAAAGAAAAGGGUAAUGUGACGCCAAGCAGUAAAGACAAACUGUGUCCUUCGGUAUCAGUACAAAAAGAAAAAGGUGCGACUACACCAAGUAAUAAAGAAAAAAUCGCUUCAACUCCCACGCACAAAGAAAGGGCACAAUCAGUUUCAAGCCCACAGCAAACGCAGACCAACAGUAAACGAAGAGUGAAGAAAAGCACAAUUGAAAUACCAAAGAACCGAGAUAAACCAGAACAGCCAAGUAAUAAUAACGAGCAGAGGCUUCCGUUGAAAAAGAGGCAUUAUCAUGUUUCUAGUACACCGUCUGCCAUUAAUGAAUCCAUGUCAGCUGAUUCUGAAGAAAAAUCAGAUUCUUCUCUCGAUUCGAGCGAGAUAAAACAAUAUUCCAGAACGUCCGUUUCACCAGGUAGCAAGAGCCAGUCAAGGCAUGACAACAAGAAGUCGGAAAAACAACCUGAACCUGAUGAAAAUGCCGAGAAAAAAGAAGUCGUUGUCGUCUCACCGAAGAAACGCCACUGCAUCGAACUAGAGAAAAAACAGGGCCCAGUUGAAAAAUCAAAAACCAAAGAAUUGCUUGUGAAAAGAAUGCCACCGAGGAAUUGCAACUCGUCGCCGCAGCUGCCUAAAAGGAUGAGUACAAGGCAAGCGGCUGUCAAAGAACAGGAAGCUGUAAAGCCUCCUUCGCAGGUGCCUAAAAGGUCUCAAAGGAUUCAAAACGAGUCAAAAGAACAGACUUGUGAAAGCCCAAGAAGAACAAAGAACCUCGAAGACGAAAGCAAGAAAGAAGAAAUUUCUAAAUUAGAACCAGAGAAAGUCGAAACAGCUAAACCUCUACUCUCUUCAACACGAUCUAAAACCCAAGCUCUAAUGCCCAUUUCGGAAACUCAGAAGAGUGCGAAGACAAAAUUAGAAAAACCAUUAUUGGAGAUUUUUGACCCCUCUUCACACGUUGAAGAAGAAAUGCGAUCAUUAAGGAGCUUGGAAAACAAAACUUCUGAUGUCGUAAGUAAAAUUAAAAAUAAAUUGCUUCCGAACGAGGAGAUAAAUUUGGAGGAUGAGUUGAAACGACUGAAAAGACCUAUGGUCGAAGAGGAAAUAAAUGAACAAGUUAAAAAACCCAAAUUGAUCUGUGAUUUGAGAGUCCAUGUAACAAAGCUUUCCGCAUCUGACGUGGUCCUUCAUAAAAUGUCAACUACAGGCAUCAAACUCAAAGGUAAAAGAAAGAAAAUCAACAGGACUGGAUUUCCUGCUAAGAAAAAGAAAAAGAAGAAAUUAGACCUUGAUGUCGGAGACCAGACGGACCCGCUUUCUCCUCCGGUUUUAGAAGAUCAAACAAAAUUGACUGUAAACACAGAGCAUGAUUCCAGUACUCCUUCACUUUCCCCGAUUCUUAAAUACAAAGAGAAGCCUGCGGACUCAAUGGACGAAGAUGUAAAAGAUGAAACUCCCGAGUCAAAGGUCGUUACACCAAAGAUUCAAGAAGAAGCGAAACCAAAAGAAGAUUCAGAGCCUGAGUUGCCUCAAAAAGAAGACAAACAGAAAAAAGAAGAGCUAGCGGCAAAAGAAGAAAAACCUGAUCACGAAGAACAGACUUUGGAAAAACCCGAACUUAGACCGGCCAGUAGAAGGAUUAUGGAGCUGAAAGCGAGGACCGAAGUUGGAGAAAAGUGCAAAAGGAAGCCGACUAUCACUGAAGAUACUCCUGCUUCAUCCCAAGAUGAAGAUGAUAAAAAGAAAGAACCGUUUGAAGCCAAACCUACAGUCAAGAGGGCUAGAAAAUGCAAAGAUGAAGCAGAAGAUAGCGAUCCUGAGUCAUUGCUCAAGAAGAAAAACAUCCCACGUUUGAGGAAAAAGUACUUACCUGCAGGACUUUUCUCAGACUAUUAUAAGGAAGACGAGCCGAGGAAAUCAUCAGGAAUGACUGAUGAUGAAAGAAAGAAGACUAAAACAAUUGUGAAAAAUGAAAAUGAAAACACAGUUUUACCACCGCCAGCAUACGUUGCCAAGUGGGUGAAACAGAGACGGCUUUCAUUUCAGCUUCCUUACGACCUGUGGUGGCUCCACAUUAAUCACCAACUACCUGGACGAGAAGACGUGCCUUCAUGGAAUUAUAAAAAAAUAAGAACAAAUGUCUACUUUGAUGUGAAACCUUCAUUCAGUUAUGAGGCCCAGGCCUGUAAUUGUAAACCAAAUAGCAAUCCAGGAUGCGGUGAUAGUUGCAUCAACAGGAUGGUGCUUGCAGAGUGCUCACCUCAGUUAUGCCCGUGUAAGGAAAAAUGUUCUAAUCAGAAAAUACAGCGUCAUGAAUGGGCACCGGGUUUGGUUAAGUUCAUGACGAGGGACAAAGGCUGGGGGAUAAAGACCAAAUACAUGAUACAAAAGGAUGUUUUUAUUCUUGAGUAUGUCGGUGAGGUCGUAAGCGACCGCGAGUUCAAAUCUAGAAUGGCUUCGAAAUACCAAAAAGACACCCACCACUACUGUCUGAAUUUGGAUAGCGGUUUGGUCAUCGACGGCCACAGGAUGGGCGGAGAAGGCAGGUUUGUGAACCAUUCGUGUGAGCCGAAUUGCGAGAUGCAGAAGUGGUGCGUCAACGGUCUCUUCAGGAUGGCUCUGUUCGCGUUGAGGGAUAUCAAAGCGGACGAAGAGUUGACGUACGACUACAACUUCUCGCUAUUCAACCCAACGGAGGGGCAGCCUUGCAAGUGCGGCUCUACGAGGUGCCGUGGCGUCAUCGGUGGGAAAUCCCAGCGGAUGUCCAUUCAAGGCACUCUCAUUCCUAACGUCGAACCUGACAAAACUACAGUUGGACGUGUCAGAAAAAAUCUCGCUGUAACUAAAAACCGCAGGAAGAACAAAUCUGUUGAUAAAAAGCAAGGGAAAUUAAAAGAAACUAAGAAUUCGAGCAAAGAAAUGCUGGCAGCAAACACUCUCGCAACAGUAGCAGCGAGGUUGAGCCAUCUCUCAUAUGUUAAACCGUUAACAUCACAGCAAAAAAGUUUGGUCCUUGCAAACAAGUGUUUCUUAAUCAGAAACAUAGAAAAGGUCAAACGUGCAAGAGAAAGGUUGAAACAAGCAGUGAAAGGAGGUGCCAUCGUGUUGCCGGAGCAUUUGCUUCCAGCAGCUAGUUUAGACCCUGGAAGUAUCGCGCCUAGCCAAUCAACGCCAUCUUUAACAGCGCCGGCCAAACCUGAGUCAAACUCGCAGGAAGUCUUCAUGACACAAAUGACCGCGCUUUCCUGUCCGAGGUCCAUGAGGACGAGACGCCUGGCCCAAGCGGAGGACAACCCAGAAAUGACAAAGACUGCAAAGCUUGCCUGUAUUUUCAAAGACCUUUACAAUGAAGUCGUCAACGCAAAAGAAGAGAGUGGAGAGCUCCUUUCUUCACAUUUUAUCACCCUCCCUUCAAAAAGGAAAUACCCUUUGUAUUAUCAGCGAAUCCAGAACCCCAUCGAUUUGAAUAUGAUUGAGCACAACAUCAACACCGGGAUUUACAAAACAGUCGAAUCCUUUGAUCAGGACAUGAUGAAUCUCUUCAAAAAUAAUGUGCGAUGGUAUGGUCGUACUACGGAUUUGGGCAUCGCAGCAACACGUUUGAGAAAGAUUUAUAAUUUAUCCAAAAUUGAAAUACUACCUAAGCUUGAAGAGCUGCUGGGAACUAGUCCACCAAGUUCUUUUAUUCCCGCUCAGGAAGAUCCAGGUGCGGAAGAGGAGGACGUUAUCAGAUGCAUAUGUGGUCUUUUCCGCGAUGAGGGUCUGAUGAUCCAAUGCGAACGCUGUAUGGUUUGGCAACACGCCUAUUGUGUUAGGGCGAACCCUUCGGUUGAAAGUUACCUCUGCGAGAGGUGUUCGCCUCGGCAUGUCGACGUUGAAAUCCCUUCUCAGGAGGAAUCGACAACCCCUGGGCAAACGAAUUACAUCAGCCUGCUUCGAGGUGACAUGCACCUCAAACAAGGCGAUACAGUUUAUGUGUUGAGAGAUAUGAUUAACGAGGAAAGCACAACUGUUCCCAAAUCGAAGCAUACUUACAAAACCAUCAAAAACUGGAAAUUUAUUGAUUGUGAUAUAUUUAAAAUUGAAAGGCUGUGGAAAGAUGAAAAAGGGGAUAGGUUUGCCUUUGGGCACCACUAUCUCAGGCCACACGAGACAUUUCAUGAGCCUACGAGAAAAUUCUUUCCCAAUGAGCUGAUGCGAGUCCCACUGUAUGAAGUCGUCCCAAUAGAACUCGUCAUGGGGCAAUGCUAUGUCCUCGACCUGAAUACAUUUUGCAAGGGGCGUCCUGUCGGCUCGGACCCUGAACACAUCUACAUCUGCGAGUACAGGGUCGAUAAAUAUGCCCGCAUAUUUGCCAAAAUACCGAAACCGAAGCACUCCAACAUCUGCACGAAAUCUUACGCCUUUGAGAUGUUCGACACUCGCCUCAAACCACAGCGGAACUAUGCUCCUCAUGGUGUACCGCAAGAAGGAAAUGUCUCCCGUGGUAGAGGAGGCCGAAGUGCUCAACACACAGAAGAGUCUAAAGAAAAAGAAAACGCCUCAUCUGCAAGUGCUCAGCUGACGUCUUUGACACUGAUGAACUUACAGAAAAAGAAGCAAACCACUGAAAACCCUCUUGAACUGAAAGAGAAGAAGAAAACGCGUCUGAAUAAAUUGUUGUUGCGAAUGCUGAGUAAACUGCCUUCGAAACAACCGCUGGACCUUUCUUACCUGCUCGAGCCAGGGCGGAGGCAGAGAAAGAAGCCUCCACUUUUAGCUUCAUGAGAGUGGCUUCUUAAUUGAAGGUUGAUGGCGUUCGUGAAGCUUCUUUUUUUUAAAUCCCAUUACCAAAAAUAUGCAUUGUUCUCAAGUUUUUCUCUUUCAUUUGAUUGAAGUUGAGUUUUAAAGUAUUUUUAAAAGGUAUGUUACCAGAAUUUUAACAGAGGCAAACGACUCGUUUAUUAGAAAGUAUAUUUUAAGGAAAAAUUUUGUGAUCGAAUGUGUCAUUUUUUUUUAAAUUUUCAUUUUCUCCCUCUAUUCUCAGAGCGUCUGAGUGAUAAUGAAAAGUUGAGGAUCUUGUUAAACUUAAGCAGUGUUUGUACAAAUUUUUGUAAAUAACAAUUUUAGCCCGUUCUCCCGGGUAUUUUAAUUGGGAGUUGAAAGACCCUUUUGUAAAGGCUGUAUUUAUUUUGGGGAAUCAACAGGUUUUGUUUUUUAAAAGAAUGGUCCUCUUUAAAUGAGGCGACUUAUUACCAGUGAUUUUUAAUUGUAGCAAUAUUUAUCUUUUCUUAGUUGUUUAGAGGUUUCUUUAUGUUUUAACUAUUAAGAUAUAUGGUCAAACCAGUGAAAGAACAUAAAUGUUAUUGUAAAUAAUUAAAAUACUAAUUUAACGAGCUUACUGUUGGUUUUUGUGGCAAGAAGCACGCAAUUUUUUGAUUUUUUAUAUCUAGAUAAUGAGGCUUUUAGUGUCUUCCUUAAGCCCUAAUCAGAUAAGUCGAGUCAUUUUUUAAAAACUCGUUACAUUAUUAUUAUGAUUCUCUUUACUUGUAAAUAUGCAUAUAACACUAUGAAUUUUAUUAUUUAUAUCUAUUUGAAAUGUUGAAAACAUGUUUUUCUUUGUAUCGUUUAAAUUCGAGGCAUUAUCUCUUUGAGGUAUUAAGUUUAAUUGGUGAAUUUAAAUUUUCACAAAUUGUUAGCCACUUUGUACAUACAAUAUUUUUCAUACACAAUUAUUUUUGUGAAUUUAAAUGUCGCAAGUCUCUCAUGUUUGAUCUGUUAAGGCCUUUUCUUUUCACCUGACCUUUUUUAACUUGUUGAUAUUCCCUAUUUUUUGAAGUGAGAGUCAUAUAUUCUUAAAGUAUAUAUUUUUACAAAAAUAAAACGAAAGUAUAAAUAUAUUAAAAGUAAGUACAAAAAAUGUUACAUUUGUAUGUUGAAUUAUUUUAAUAAUGAUUCACAAGUUAUAUUUAAAAAGAAAAAAUUAUAUUUAAAACUACUAAAAAAAAGUAACAAAACAAAAAAAGAACACUUAGAUACUUUCAGUGUUUGGUGUUUUUGUAAUUAUUAUCAUAAGGGCAUGAAUAACAUCGUCGGACAGAAAUUUCUUAGAGUGGAAUUUAGUUUUACAAAAAGAGAACGCUUGGAACAGAAAAAUGAAACGAUAAUGUAAAAGUUCUAGUCAAACCUCGUGCACUUAGCUUCUCUUUCUUUUCAGUUUUGCGAUGGACUCUUAAAUAUUUUUCAAAAUGCCAAUUAUCCAGGGUUUUCUUCAUUCAAAUUUUCUAUUUCACCUACUCAGAAAUAAAAAGUUGGCUUAGAUCAAACAGGCUGGAAAUCCUGACCAAAAAAAAACAGACACAGUUGUUACAAAAAAGAAAAAGUGCCAAGUGUUGUCCUACUUUAUAUCUUUGCUUGUGUAUAAAAAAAAUCCACACUAUUCAUUUGUAUCUAACUUUUGGAAUUUCUGAAUCGUUUUUAAGGAAGGUUUUUGGAGUUACCCUUUAGAGAUUAAAAUGAAAGCUAAGGGAAAAUGUUUUUUAAAAAAAUGUUCUAACAGUUUUUUAAAUUUCAUCCUUUUCCAGCCUCGCAAAAAAAAAUUUAAUUGUUAUCAUAGCCUAGGAAUGAUAGUUUUAUUAAUAUUUUGUUUUUUAUUCGAUAACGAAAUGUUUUUAUAUAAACCAUAGGGAUUAUACUCACCGAUUUCCACUAUUUCAGUGUUAGUUGUUUCUGUCUUUUGUUGUGCCCAAAUGCAAUUUUUAUAAAAAAUUGUCAUCUGCUUCAGUAAUUUUUUCUUUAUAUGUACAAAAGUAUUUUUUUUUUUUUUAAGUUAAUUUAUUUGUAUAAAUGCAUAAAAGAACAAUCCAUGUUUUUUCCUCUGUAGCAUCACAAUAACAAAGGAGCAAAGAAAAAUGUUACAAUUAA